AUGUACAAACUCAUCUACUUCGACGCCCGUGCAAGGGCGGAGGUUAUUCGUCAGAUAUUUGUUCUUGCCAACGAGAAAUUUGAGGACAUUCGCUACACCUUUGAUGAAUGGCCGCAACACAAGCAAGAGAUGCCGUUUGGCCAAAUGCCGGUGCUUGAGAUCGACGGUCAAAAGCUUGCGCAAUCUUUCGCUAUUGCUCGAUUUCUUGCAAAAAAGUUUGGCCUCGCGCCAAAGUGCCCCUUCGAGGAGGCGCUCGUCGAUUCCAUCAUGGAUCAGUACAAGGAUUUUCGAGAUGAAAUUCGCCCAGUGUAUAGAGUCAUUGCGGGAUUUGCAGAAGGAGAUCUUGACCAACUCACAAAGGAUGUGCUCUUCCCGGCACGUGACAAAUUCUUUGGGUAUAUGACAAAUUUCCUCAAAAAGAAUAAUACAGGUUACCUCGUUGGCAGCUCCAUAACCGUUGCCGAUCUUCUUCUCGCCGACUUUUCCGCUGAGUUCUCCAAAAAGAUCCCCAAUCUAUGCGAUGGGUUUCCGGAGAUCAAGGCUCAUUACGAAAAAGUUUACUCAAAUCCCGCUCUCAAGAAAUGGAUCGAAACUCGACCUCAAACAAAUUUUUAG